CGCAAGUGCGGAAGUUUAUCGAUCAUCACAUGAUAAUAUUUCCGAAAACCUGACAAGAUGGCUGGAGCUUACGAGAGAGCAAAGAAAUUGCCGAAAAUUGCCGAUGUUGAGAAGGAGUCUCUAUUCGGAUAUGUAUUUGCUGUUUCUGGACCUGUGGUGACCGCUCAGAACAUGGCAGGAGCUGCUAUGUACGAGUUGGUGCGUGUCGGCCAUGACGAGCUUGUGGGAGAGAUCAUCCGAUUGGAGGGUGACAUGGCAACUAUCCAGGUGUACGAGGAAACUUCUGGAGUAACAGUGGGUGAUCCCGUACUCCGGACCGGUAAGCCUCUGUCCGUGGAGUUAGGACCCGGAAUAAUGGCUAGUAUCUUUGAUGGUAUUCAAAGACCGUUGGCAGAGAUUUCAAAACUGACGCAGAGUAUCUAUAUCCCUAAGGGAGUCAACACCCCUGCCUUGGACAGGAAUCUCAAAUGGGAGUUUGAACCAUUUGGAAAUAUCAGGGUGGGCAGUCACAUGACCGGAGGAGAUAUUUACGGUGUAGUGUACGAGAACAUCCUAAUCAAACACAAGAUCAUGCUGCCUCCCAAAUCCAAGGGCACCGUCACCUGGGUUGCUGACCCUGGCACGUAUGAUGUCAAUGACGUCGUCUUGGAGACCGAGUUUGACGGAAAGAAAAACAAAUACACUAUGUUACAAGUCUGGCCUGUACGUCAGAUGCGUCCAGUCACGGAGAAACUUGCUGGAAACCAUCCUCUGCUGACCGGUCAACGUGUCCUUGAUGCUCUCUUCCCAUGUGUACAAGGUGGGACGACUGCCAUCCCCGGGGCGUUCGGCUGUGGAAAGACCGUCAUUUCCCAGUCCCUGUCCAAAUACUCCAACAGUGAUGUCAUCGUCUAUGUCGGAUGUGGGGAGAGAGGAAAUGAAAUGUCUGAAGUAUUGAGAGAUUUCCCAGAGCUAACCAUGGAGGUUGAUGGGAAACCAGAGUCCAUCAUGAAGAGAACAGCCCUGGUAGCCAAUACCUCUAACAUGCCUGUCGCUGCCCGAGAGGCUUCCAUUUACACAGGUAUCACUCUGUCCGAGUAUUUCCGUGACAUGGGCUACAACGUUUCCAUGAUGGCUGACUCCACCUCCAGAUGGGCAGAAGCCUUGAGAGAAAUCUCAGGACGAUUGGCUGAAAUGCCUGCCGACUCCGGAUACCCAGCUUACCUUGGAGCUCGUCUUGCGUCGUUUUAUGAGCGUGCCGGACGUGUCAAGUGUGUGGGUAACCCAGAACGCGAGGGCAGUGUCAGUAUCGUAGGAGCUGUGUCUCCCCCUGGUGGUGAUUUCUCUGACCCUGUAACCUCCGCAACCCUGGGUAUCGUACAAGUGUUCUGGGGGCUGGAGAAGAAGCUAGCCCAGCGAAAGCAUUUCCCAGCUAUCAACUGGCUCAUCAGUUACAGCAAAUACAUGAGAGCCCUGGAGGAGUUCUACGACAAAAACUUCCCCGACUUCACACCACUCCGAACAAAGUGUAAAGAAAUAUUGCAAGAAGAAGAAGAUCUGUCUGAAAUUGUACAACUUGUGGGCAAGGGGUCAUUGGCUGAAUCGGACAAGAUUACAAUGGAAGUGGCCAAACUGCUGAAGGAUGACUUCUUACAACAGAAUGGAUACACAGCUUACGACAGAUUCUGUCCAUUUUACAAGACAGUUGGUAUGCUGAGAAACAUCAUGGCUUUCUAUGAUAUGGCACGGCAUGCAGUUGAAACUACAGCACAGAGUGAAAAUAAAAUCACAUGGGGGAUCAUUCGUGAACAAUUGAAUGAUGUCCUGUACAAACUGAGCAGCAUGAAGUUCAAGGACCCAGUGAAAGAUGGCGAAAAGAAAAUCAAGUCGGACUAUGAUGAUCUCCACGAAGAAAUGCAACAGGCAUUCCGCAAUCUAGAGGACUAAACUUUCAAAGAUUAUACAUAUGUGUCAUUGUAGAUCAAAAAUACUGUUAUUAUUUCAAGUUUUUUAUUGUACACGAUGCCAAUAUUUUCUUCCAAUUUCUACAUGUCAGUUCAUAAGUUCUGUAUGUGAUGUGGUUGACCAAGGCGUUAAACAGAAGUGGAAUUAUUAGGAGUUUGGUCGAUGACAGAAUUAUUCAGUGUGUUCUGAAAAAUGUCAAAUCCAGAUUCUUUCACGAAGAAUGUAGAAAACACAUGUCUCGCAAACCAAGACCAAGACGUUGUUUAAUGACUGAUAAGGAGAGUGACAGCUGAACACAAAUUUCAAGAUUAUAAUGAAAAGCGGAAUAUAUAUUGAAGUUUAAGGUGGAGUGUCCCAUGUUUGAAAAUCUGCAAAUAUUGUUAAGGUAGAAUGACCCACCAUUUUUUUUUACUGUGUAUUGGCAUUCAUUUUUCUUCUUUUUCUAAAUUCUUGUAAUUUCUUCUACAAUCUUGUAAAGGCAUUUUAGGUUGCAGCCAUUUUAGGGAGUGUGAACAUUCUAGAAUUGCAAAACUAGUAAUUAUUCAUUACCUGUGGUGCAGCGGUGAAGCUCCUGCUAAAUUGUCAAGAGGACAGGGGCCAAAUCAUCAAAGAUGGGCCAAAACGAUUUUGUGAAAAAAUGGAACGCUCUUUCUAUCGUAAGUGGGCGAGCAACUCCAAGUAAUGAAAAUGAUGAACAGAGUGGAUCUCUUCUUUGUUGAAGAUAAAAAAAGAGAGUGCUAGUUUAGUUCGACACCAUACCGUGAUGGUUUUCACAGUGUUAAUGAAAGAUACGAUGAAGGUUUCGUGUAAGCUGUAUAGUUGUUAGCCAUUUGUGAUUGAUGUUCAUAAAAUGAACCUUGAUCAGGUUUUUUGGUAUUUUUGUAUUCACAUAAUUAUGUGAUAAGUUAAAGGUAAAGAAAUCCAUCAUGUUUUGUAAAGAAUUUUGGUCAGAAAUUAUUAGAGAAAUUUUAUGUAGUCAUUUGAACAGAACCGGUCAGUAAGUAUCAAAAGCCUUCUUUUUGUGUUCCAACAUAUUCAUAGAAUAACGAUGAUUGUGCUUCAUUCAUUCUAUUUCAGGAUCUGAGACAGAGAAAUCCACUAACAUUGAAUUAAGGGUAUAUGCUACCUUGCUGCCAACAAUGUCUCCUUUUCCAAGUAAUUUCAUAUUAAGCAGCUUGUAAGUUACAUUCGUACACAGCAGACAGCGAUACUAUAUACUGGGAAAUGUUUGCCCUUUGGCUGUAAAGUGUAUUUUCGCUCAGUAUUGUAUUCGCCCUUCUCAUGUAAUUUCUAUGUACAUUACAUUGCUUACCAAUGGUCACUGUUAUGACAAAUUUGCCAUCAUUAUGGAGAGCGAAAAAAGGCGAAAAUAAAACUGCAGCGAAAAUGUCUUGGUAUAAAGUAUUGGUAACAUGCAUGCUAUUCCAGAGAACAGUUAUCAAUAUUAAAAGCAAUUUUUUGAAAAACAGUUAUUAACACUAAUUUGAACCAAUUAAAGGAAAGUUAAAAUGGAAGGUAGCAUGUACCCUUAAGUCAGAAAUGCCUGUGACUUCUACUAAUCUAUUAUCAAUGGAAGAGAUGACUGUUUCUGUGAUGCUUGUCUUGUUGAUGGCUGGUUUAUCAUUAUCACAUGUCAUUUGUAAUUUCAUUACAGGGUAAAGCAUAUAUUUUUUUUUUUUUUUUUCCAUUUUGAAAGAAAUACAUGUAUGAUUAAAACGGUUCUGUUCUUGUGAAGUCAACCAUCCAAUUUUGGUAUAGGGGACACAAUUGCAUAUAAGUUUGCCCAGAAUUUUUUCUCUUUGAUUUCCUAGACGUUUCACCCCUAUGUAACUUUAGUAGAUUCUUCCAUCCGUUGAUAUGGAUGAGUCCAUCAUGGUCUACAGCAGGGAAAGGGUUAACAAUUGUGAUAUAUAAAUGUUGUCUGGUUUUCGCCUGCAGACCAUAAUAGAAUGUCCAUUGUGCAUGGAUAUUUGCAUAUACAACUCCUGAAACAUAAAAAAACAACACACAAAAAUUGUCUAUUUAUCAUUAGGUAUGUUGUGAAACCCACUAAAAUUGAACUGUGGCUGUUAUUCUGUCAUGACAGCUCUCCUGUGCUAGUGGUAUUGAAUAUAAAACAGACAUGACAAUUUUUCAGCUUGAGGACUAAAUUUUGAAUACAAAAAAAAAGCCUAUGGACUAAUACCUUUAAUGUUCAAGUGAAAUUUAAUAUGACAUAUUUUUUUUAAAAGGAACAAAUACCAUUUAUCAACCUAGUGUACACUUCUUGAAUUGGAUUUUUUAAAAGAUAGAGUUAUCUCCCUUGUGUAUUGAUAGGAGAGCUACCUCCCCUGUGUACAGAUCGCUAGAAGAGAAAUUUACCUGAUGCUGAUUACUAGUCAAUCAUUGUUGUAUUAGAAAGGAUAGUUGUUGAAACUGAAUGUCAGAAAUUUUAUGUAAUUGUGGUUGAAAAUCAUAUAGAUUAUGAUUAAAGUAUGUUAAUUGGUAUUAAUGAACAUUUUGUACAUUGUAUAUAAUUUAUUGUAUAUCGACACUAGCACAGUACCAUGUUCCACAUUCCUUGGCGAGCUUCUUUUGUCCGGUUGCUACAACUGUUGUUGCUGUGAAUCUUGAACAACCGUUGUUGUCAUGGACACAUGUUGUUGCUGCGAACAUUUUGUUGUUUUAACAACACUUGUUGUCAUCAACUAAUAUGUCUGUUUAAAACUAAUUGUGAUAUGCAUCGAUUCAUUUACAUGAUUUUUCUUUUCUUUUUAUUCAAGUGCUUCAUUUGAACGAGUGUAACAGUUUUAUACUUACCUGGUGAAAAUAAAUUUAGAGUCAUGAAAUUCAGAAGAUUUUGUAUACCACGUAUACUUUUUCUUACAGCUUAUAUUCUUUAACCAUCUAUACCCAAUUUAAUGUUCGCCAUUGAAAAGGUGGGCAACAAUGAACAAAUACGAUUUAAAUUUAAAUAAGAAAAAGAGCAUAUUAUAAACCAAUUAGUUUAUCAAUAUUUCUGUUAUUGAAAUUAGAUUGAAACCCUUGCCAUUAGAUAAGGUUACACUACAUUUUUCACAAAUAAAAUGAUUAAAAUACAGAAUAGUUUUGUACUGGCUUAGUAUUGAGAAUUGACGUUGCCAGUUGGUUCACAACAAUGUUUUAACGAGCCAGAGUUCUAGAGAGAUCGACGCAUCCCAUUUGAUGUGGGCAUGUACAAAAUAUGAACAAGAGCAGCUCCUUGUGGCUUUCAUUCAAUCUUUCUGAACAAAAGUAAAUCAUAUCAAUUAUCUAAAUUGUUUUUCAAAAACGUAAAUAAGUUGUGCAUUUAAAAAAAAAAAAAUGCUCUCCAGGCAUUUUUGUUUCUUCAAUUUCGUUGAAAUAUUAAUACAAUUGUUUAAAUAUUAUUGUGCUGAAUUCACCCUCAGUAAGUUGUGUAGUUCGGUAGUAUUGAGAAGGUAGGAGUUCUGUAGAGGAAAAGAGCAGGGUGCAUGGCGUUGUAUUAUUAUACAUGUAUAGAAAUAUAUGUAGAAUGGGUUAUAAGUUAUUGUAAUCAAGAAUAAAUGUGAUCAUAAUUAUAUUA